CUUCCGGGCUGGGGUGUUUGUUUGGACUGGAGCUGGGAGGCGGCGGGCGAAGCGCACGUCGAGCGGGGGAGCGGCGCUGCCUGUGGAGAUCCGCGGAGGCCGACAGGAUUCGUUGGCUGCCGUCCCCGCUGCCGUGCACUGGGUUAAAAACGACAACUAACACCAACCAUGAAAGAUCCAAGUCGUAGCAGUACUAGCCCAAGCAUCAUCAAUGAAGAUGUGAUUAUUAACGGUCAUUCUCAUGAAGAUGAUAAUCCAUUUGCAGAGUACAUGUGGAUGGAAAACGAAGAGGAAUUCAACAGACAAAUAGAAGAGGAGUUAUGGGAAGAAGAAUUUAUUGAACGCUGUUUCCAAGAAAUGCUGGAAGAAGAAGAAGAACAUGAGUGGUUUAUUCCAGCUCGAGAUCUCCCACAAACUAUGGACCAAAUCCAAGACCAAUUUAAUGACCUUGUUAUCAGUGAUGGCUCUUCUCUGGAAGAUCUUGUGGUCAAGAGCAAUCUGAAUCCAAAUGCAAAGGAGUUUGUUCCUGGGGUGAAAUACUGAAAUAUUUGAGUAGAUGGGGCCCUCUUUCGGUGGAUGUAGCACAAUUUCCACACUGUGAAGGCAGUAUUAGAAGACUUAAUUGUAAAAGCUCUCGUCACUGUGUUACACUUAUGCAUUGCCAAAGUUUUUGUUAGUCUUGCAUGCUUAAUAAAAGUGCUGAGACUGUUAUUAAGUAAAAAGCUGUCAAACAUUUACUGAAAGUAGAAUUGGCCUAUGGCUUCAUGUAAAGACAGCAAAGGAAGAAGCACCAGUCAAGUUGUAACAAAGUACCAAAUUAGAUAAGUCUUAAGUCUUACUGAAUUGUCUGUUUGGGGGCUAAACUGGUCCCUUAGGAGUAACCAACACUUCCUGUCUACAUUGUAAAAAUGAGUAAGUUUGAAUUAGGUUAUGAUUGUUAAGCAGAUUUCUCAGUUGCAUUUGUCCAUCAAAAAUCUUUUCUGAAGAAAGUCUGUUAAUUUGAAACAAUUCAUUAUAGAAAAAUGUCUUAAAAGCUAGUCUUUUUUUCUUAUGUUAUGUUAGGAAUACUGAAUUUUCCCAGCAUUAUACCUGAGGAAGUGUGAUUUAAGAACUACAUCUUAGGAUUCAUUGCAUCGUAGUCAUACUGUGUGAAGUCUUCAUUUAGGACCGACACUAGCCCAUAAUCCAAUUGAAGUACUAAAGAGAUUGUAACAUGAUUUGAGAGGUGCUCUUCCUUGCUUUGUUAACCAUCAUGACAAUAGUCUGCAGCACAACUUUUCUUUUAACAAAGCUAGAACAGUUUUGGCUUCUUAAACUUCAUAUUUAGGUAGGUUAAGCUGCCAUACGUGUUCAGUGUGAAUAGUGUUUAAGUUGAAAAUAUUGUAAAAAAAUUAUAUUUUUUCAAAAAUAUUUAAAAAAAUAAAUAAUAGUAGAACUGA